AUCUCCAAUUGAAAUUAACAGAACACUAAAUAUUUAAAAUACAUAAAAUAAAAUGUAAUCUAGUUACUUUUAAAAAUAAGACAUUCUUCGUGUGUCUGUUUAUUUUUAAAUGUAAUAACACGAACACAAUUCAUGUUGCUUUUUAUUAAUAGGAGUCUUCUUUGGUCACCUGGCAACGCCAAACCACGGGCGACCAAUCAGAGGGCUCGAAAGGGCGCGUUGAUGCGAACUAACGCAACGUUGUGCUCAGUUGUUAAACAGGGAUCCAUUUUGGCUUCAUAAGACACUACAAGUGUUUGUUAUUAACUUAUAGUAUUAUUAGAGAACUAAGAGUCGCAAAGUGGUGCUUUUAUAAAGCAGAAAUGAGCAGUUCAGAGGUGGGGACUGCGUCGUGGCGCGGAGGCAUACUUUGGAGUCGUGCUGCGGUAGUAUAAGACCUGACGCCAAAGCGUUGAAGAGGACGCUUUAACUAGCAAGCUGACGGUUGAGUACCGUGUCCUUGUCAGUUGUCAGAGACAGCCCGUGUGGACUCAUGCUGGCUGGGGACACCGAGGACAUGUAACAUCCUCUGCCUGCCUCCAAAACCCCACAAACACUCUGAAAGCCCGCGGGGAGCUCUUUUGGAAAACUAAAAUCAACACAGCAAGAAGAUGGCCGCCAAAGAGGCAAAGAGCAGCGGCGGCAGCGUGCUGUCGUGGGAGCAAGUGAGUCGGUUGGACGAGGUCCUGAGCGAGGUGGUCCCCGUCCACGGCCGCGGCAACUUCCCCACGCUGGAGGUGCGUCUGAAGGACAUUGUGGCGCGGGUUCGCUCCAGUCUGGCGCAGAGUGGCGUGGGCGUGAAGGACGUGCGUCUGAACGGCUCCACGGCGAGCCACGUGCUGGUGCGGGACAUCGGCUGGAGCUACAAGGACCUGGACGUUAUCUUCAGGGUGGACCUGCCCCACGACGCCGAGUUCCGCCUCAUCCGCGACGUGGUGCUGGGCACCCUGCUGGACUUCCUGCCCGAGGGCGUCAACAAGGAGAAGAUCACGCCCAUGACCUUAAAGGAAGCCUACGUGCAGAAGCUGGUCAAGGUCAACACGGAGCAGGACCGCUGGAGCCUCAUCUCGCUCUCCAACAACGACGGUCGCAACGUGGAGCUCAAGUUUGUGGACUCGAUCCGCCGCCAGUUUGAGUUCAGCGUGGACUCCUUCCAGAUCGUCCUGGACUCCAUGCUGGCCUUCUACGACACCAAGGACGCCGUGGCCAUGACGCCUGCACGCCACCCGGCCGUGAGUGGCGAGAGCAUGUACGGCGACUUCCAGGCGGCGCUGGGCCACCUGCGUGACAAGCUCAUCGCCACCAAGCGGCCCGAGGAGAUCCGCGGCGGGGGCCUGCUCAAGUACUGCAACCUGCUUGUGCGAGACUUCCGGCCCGCUAGCGAGGAGGAGCUGAAGGCGCUGGAGCGCUACAUGUGCUCGCGCUUCUUCAUCGACUUCCCCGACAUCGGCGAGCAGCAGCGCAAGGUGGAGGCGUACCUGCAGAGCCACUUUGUGGGCGAAGAGGCCAGCAAGUACGACUACCUCAUGAUCCUGCGCCGCGUGGUCAACGAGAGCACCGUGUGCCUCAUGGGCCAUGAGCGCCGCCAGACGCUGCACCUCAUCUCCCUCAUGGCCUUCCGUGUGCUCGCCGAGCAGAACGCCAUCCCCGACGCCUCCUGCGUCACCUGCUACUACCAGCCGGCGCCGUACGUGCGCGACCACAACUUCAGCAACUACUACGUGGCCAACCAGAACAUUCCAACAUGGCUGCCCUGCAACUGAUGGGGCCCGGGGGAGGGGCGAGCGGGGCGAGAGACCCCCGCCGACGCGGCUGCUCAAGGAACCGUAUGAAGCUCACGUUCACCACGUGAUCUUCCUCUUUGGAAGCCCUUCUCCUUCCCAAGGGAACGUCAUCUUUCCGUCUUCAUGACGCCAUCGUGAUGAUGAUGAUGACGAUGAUGAUGCUUUCAAUGCAUGACAAAAAAGUCGUGGGGAAAAAAAAGUAGAAAAAGUUUCAUGUAAGGGGGAAAAAAAAAAUCACAAUUGAAAAGUUUGGCUUGGUGGUUCUGGUUUUGGUCCAAAGAGAGAAUUUAUUUUUAAUUCAUUUUGCCUAAAAUGUUUUGGGGGAAAAAAAAGUUUUCUGUUCAGUGUGAGCUUGAACUCCACCAGAGUGGCCGCUCUGUCUCUUAGUGAACAAUCUCUGCAGCCAGGCCUUCCCAAAAGGACUCAGGCGGGUGGGCGCACCUGAAACCGGACCCUGCUGCCGGUUCCGUCUAUAAUUAUCCUCCGUCUUCCCUGGAGGGGCAGUUGCCAGUACACCCCCGCCCUCCUGAUGCUGCAUGCUCGAUCCCAUGUGUGGUCAUGGGACCAGUCAGCGGACCCCCACCACAUGUCCGCCAUAUUGGACCUUUUACUCUGACACGUGGCUGCAAGCCCCGCCCCCUCAUGAUGAUGUCAUGCUAUUAUUAUUAGCUCAGCAACCAUUGGCGGCUGUUUAGGCGGCCUCUGUUGGGAAAUAACUUUGUUACGCAAGGGUCACCGACCCCCAGACGCCCCCGUGCCGCCCCCGUGUGAACCCCUCACGGUCCAGCCGUUUCUCGGAAUCGUGCGCCUUUUCCCCGGCCGGUGUUUGCGCCAGAUAACCAGCAGCACCUCUUAUCUGGCGCUGAGAGGGUGGGCGGCCACGACCCCUCCCCCGUUGCCCCCACGUUGUUUAGUGUCGCCUGCCCGCCCGCUGCUCUGGACCAAAUAGUUGAAGUGGUUCACGACACCUUCCCCUUUUUUUGUUUGUGAUGUGAUUGAAUGAUGGCCCCCGCCAGAGGAGGUCCUUUCUUUUCCUUUUAUUGGACACAGCACUACCCCCCCCCCAACACACACACACACACACACACACACACACACACACACACACACCCCCACCUCCAUCCAUUUAGUUUUGUUUUUUUUGUGUUUGAAGGUUUUUUUCUUUUUUGGUUAUUUCUCCCUCCCCAAUCACUCCUGCUGCGCCCCCUGGUGGCGUUGCCCCCCCACCCCUGAGAGGAAUGUAAAUAAGCUCACUGCUCAGGGAUGGAACCUGUUUAUUUUAUUAUUAUUAUUAUUUUUUUUUUAGCAAAGUCUAAUCAUGUCAGAGCCCCCCCAGUGCUCUUCUGUGGCUCGCAAAAGCUUCAUGUUUUCUGCCGCUUUAGCUAGCUAGCUUAGCGCUGGCGUGGCACUAGCUUGGCGUGCGUCCUGCGGGUGCUCACUUCCUGAUCGGGUGGCGGUUUCUGUGUGAUGGCGCCGGUGUAGGCUUGUGAUGGCAGUCCCCCCCCCCCCCCCCCCCCCCAAACUACUUUUGUGGGCUGGUUUUUUUUUGGGUCUUUUUGACUCCAAGGAUGAGGAUAGUUUCCACUUGUUGCGUGCCUGUCAGACCGUCAUCAGGGUUAAAUGCUUUGUGUGGGAAAAGUGAGGAUUUGUUUCUUCUUUGUUUUGCUUUUUUGUUGUGUUUUUCUGCUGUAAACUCAUCAGUGUUACAUUUUUCGCUGCUUGCGUCCGCUGGGCAUCGGUGGCGUUGUUGGAUGGUCCGUGGCGACACGUCAGGUCUUAACGCCAUGACGGCUUUCUCAAGAAGAUUUUUCUUUUCUUUGCAGCAGAUUUGUGUUGAUGACUUUGUGUGUGCGUGUGUGUGUGCGUGUGUGAGGUUAUGAAAUGUGUCAAUCCUGACAUUAUUUUGUAAAAAUAGGACAAGAAGAAAAGCUCUUUUUGUGGCGUUGGUGACAGUGAUGAUAUUUUUUUUCUUUCCUCAUUUGUCGGGACGUUGGCCUCUUUGGACUUUUUCCUUGUGGAUGAAAAUGUGCCUGAAGAGGAAAUGAAUAAAGACAUUGAAUGCAACACCGCUUCUUUCUUCUCCCUGGGGUCACGUGACCGCCCUCUUACAUGACUUCUUUCCCAACCUCUCAGUCCAAUGUUGAUUGGGAGGAGAGAUUUCCUAAAAAAUAAAAACUUCAUAUUUUAGUUUGAAUGAUUUAGCACAGGGGUGUCGAUUUGUGGUCUGAGGCUGUGUGGCACAUUCUAAAAAUAGAAUUUAACAAACUUAAAAAAACCAACAAUUUAAGUCAUAAUUUUCCAAGAAUUGGUUGUAAUAUUUGGAAAGAGAUUUUAGUAGCACAGUGGAAUUAUUUAUACAUAUUUAUACAUUUAGAAUAUGGAAAAACACAAAAACCGAAGUUGUAGGUAAUUUGUGGAAAAGGUAGUAUAAAGUCAAAAAUAUUCAAAGAAAAAAGCUGCAAUUUUAGGAGAAUAAGCUCGAAAUUUGAAGAAAAUAGCAUUUUAGAAGCAUGGAGACAAAUGUGAAAAAAACAACACACUCAAACUGGAAAAAAGAGAAACUAAAUGAGAAACUAAAUCAAGUUGUACUUUUUGGAAAAUUUGCUUGGGGGGAAAAUUUAGAUUAUAGGAAUAAAGUCAAAACUAAAAUAAAAUGUAAGAACAUUAAGAAGAAAGUAGAAAUAUUUGGAAUAAAAAAAAAGCAGAAAUAAUGCGGAAAAAGAGUGAAGUCGAUAUGAAAAAUAGGAUUUUUCACCCUUGUGACAGUAUCGAUACUGUAAAUGCUGCACAGGGAUAUCACUUGCUAGCACAGCUCGCUAACGAUCCAAGCGGCCUCGCUGAAUGAUCAUGCUGAGCGCAUGAGAACGUGGAAAGGAAAAUGUAGCUCUCCUUGACCGCAUGAUCUAUUGUGCAACACAGCAG